UUGGAUUUUGCGUAGGGGCGGUGCUGAAGAAGUAUCUACCUUUUGUUUCUACACUCCUCUGCGUUGCGACUCACCUGAGCCUGAGGGGAAUCCCCUGACCUGGAGACGGAGCUGCUGAACAUGGCAUCAGAUGGAUUUAGUUUAGAAGUUGUAGCAGCUGAAUUUCGAAAAACGAAAACCAUCGAGAAUGAAAUACUCCUAGAACCAUAUAUAAAGGGCUACGAAGAAUUAACAAGGGUCUUUGAACACCUUGGGAUGGUAUUUUCAUUCAUCACAUCUGAUCUAAAAGAAAAGAUUAGGAUUUUAAAUGAGCACCGAAAGGCAACUCCAGAGCACUUCAAGUCCGUCCAAACUAUGGUGAGGUUUGAAUUAGAUAAUAACUUAACGACCAUCAAGAAUUCAGCUGGGCUUUUAUCAGGUUCAAGAACACUGCUCCGACUUCACAGAGCUCUCCUCUUCAUUAGCUCAUUCCUUAAGAAACUCAUAGAAAGCAACGAAGGUGAUAGUGUUCCCAAGAUGGCAUCUAAGGUCUAUGCAGAUACAAUAGCAAAUUAUCACACAUGGUUAAUACGCAACACGGCUUAUGUAGCAAUGCGGACUCUACCAAAUAAGAAAACCCUCCAGGCGCGGCUAUGUACAUCAAGCUCUGAGAAAACCUCAGAAGAAGUUGUUGGUGAUUGUGUCAAAGAGAUGAAUCUGGUGUACGAUGUUGUGCAGGCCUUCUAUAAAGAGCACAAUAUACUUGACCUUCCUUGAAUCGAAAUACAGUAAUUAUCCAUAUAUAUAUAUAUAUAUAUAAAUAUAUAUAUAUAUAUAUAUAUAUAUACACUGUAUAUAUACUGUAUAUAUAAUGUAUUCAAGAUACAAGAUAAAAUUUAUUGUCUCCAAGUAAAAUAUACGAAGAGAUUACAAAGCUUGCAAAAAAGUACAAUUCCAAGAAAAUCACAUUAAAAUUGGUCAAGGAAAGAAAGAAUCAACAUCAAAGUUCCAUCAAAAAGUACAGAAAAAUUUAAAAUUAUAGGCCUACAAUAUUUAAAGAUAAUAAAAAAUGUUAGAAGAGGAAAAAAGAGGACACAUUUUAAAAAGGAGAAACUACUCAAGAGGAAAAUCAUAUAAUUAUAAUUAUCAUUACUUUAUUAUUCUUUGUAAUAAUAAUAAUUAUUUUCAUCAUUAUUAAAAUUAUUAUUAUCACUAUUUUAAUUAUUACAAUAUUAU